AUGGUUCGUGCACGGAAGAAUACGAGUACGGUCAUAGGGCGAGGCCAUUUUAUUUUUCUUAAAGGAUUCAAUAUGGCUUCUCCUGACACUUUGAGCUACGAGAGUGAUACGGCCAGCGAGGAACAGUCCCCAUCUCAACUGAAGACCAAGAUUCAAGCCAAAUUUCGAAUUGCUCGACCGCCUCCUAAGUCAAGUCAACGGCUACGACUUAGUCCGAAAUUACUCCUUCAAAUUCAACAAUUGCCCCGCGGUCACCGACCAGUUCCUGUACUGGAGAUAUGGCAACCACCACUCCGCAAGUCCGGGUUAACCAAAGGAUUCUCCCAACGUCCUAAACUUGGCAUGAAGGAUAUUUAUGCCACCGUCAAUGAACCAUAUAUUACGAGAAAUGAACGACCACAAGAACAAGAGUCUCAGCAUCCGAAUCCCAACCACGAUACCCAAGAAAAGGAUGUCAUCGCUGCCAUGUAUCAACUCCCAGCACGCGAAACUACCGCAUCAAGUUCUGCAAUUCAUUUCCGUGACGCGCAAUGUGUUUGGCAGGCCAUGGCCAGCCCAGCAGGUUCUGGUCAAAACCCAGCGUGUUACAAAUUCGCAGUCAAAAAUGAGGAGAACACCAUGGGCGCUGGACAGUCCAAGAUGUUCAUGCAGUGGGAGAAGCGGGCCCUCUCCACCGAUACAGACGGAAGUUCCGAGACAGAAAACGAGCAUUUCGUACUUCUCGCGAUUGAUCGCCAGGCGCGACGUAAGAGUAGGAUUGCAACUAUGAGUCGCGAGGGGUUUGAGAUCACAGUGAGGAAGAGUUCGAUUCUAGAGCAUCUGCGGACUUGUAUGAGUUUGACCAGUCCUGUAUCUAACGGUACUACCGAUGUGGAUUCUGAUGCGGAUCUAGAGGUUUGGCUAUAUACUCACGUUCUCACACUUGGUGUUUGGGUUGCGUCUCAGGAAGGGUGGCUGAAUUGA